CGGGAUUGACAGCGUUAACUCGCCUCUUCCACUACUGUUUUUAGGAGAUUCUCUUGACUGACAGAACAUACCGGUGUAUCUAUAUAUCCGACUUUCAAAGAUCAGUCUCUUGAAGUGAAGUAACAUCAUGCCAAUCCAGGCCUUCUCAUUCCCUAUACCUGAAACCAGAUUCUUUCAGGUUGGCCAACAUGUCUACAAGUUCAAGAUCAGACGAGGAAGUAAAAUCAGUCGUGAAGAAGAGAUUUUGGACAGUGAGUUUGUCAAUGAGGAGCUUGAGAACGCUGUACGAGUUGUACUCGUGAGCCUGGACAAUCUUCAUCCAUUCGCCACACAACAUUUCAACAUCUUUCCCUAUAAGAGUAGGUGGGAGCGUGUGUCAGAGUUGAGAUUCAGGAAAGGAGACAAGAAAUUAGUUGCUUACCCCUUCCUCAUCACACUGUAUGUGGAGACAAAUGAGCUAAUCCCUCCAGUCACAGUGAAGCAUGCAAACAAAUGGGUCCCUUCAGAUAGGGAAUCUAGAUCAGACAGUCCACAGCUUCCUACUUCCUGUGGCCUAUCCCUAGCUUAUGAACCCAAGCGCAGGAGAACAGAGGAACCACUAGAGGGCCCACUGAGCUCAGACCAGCAUUAUGACAAGAUGGAUGCCCAUCUGUGUCUCCAAGAGCUGCCAAUGUCUGAAGGCGCAGAAGAGAUGGUUUGUGCCAAUGAGGCAUAUGCUGAUUCCCAGGAGUCUUCACCAGGUGCCACAAGCCCAGAGUUUCAUGUUGUUGAGCAGGAUGCCCUUGAUUCUAAAGCUGCAGAGAGAGAAAAACUUGGAGUCCUUGCUAGACUGACUAGCAUUAUAGCAUUUCCCAUCUUCCUGCUGUUCAGAAGGAGCUGAUGACGUCGAUGACACAAAAACUAUCAAGUUCCUGGGCAUUUUCAUAUUAGUCCUUACCAUCAUUAUUUGAAAAUGAAUUCUGUAAACCUCAUAAAAUAGUUCACUGUUCUUUUACAAAAGAC